AUGGUCCUCUGCUUUCCUCAACCCUCACUGAGCAAAAGUCAAAUCCUUGUGAUUCUCUGUUGUGUGUGUCCUCAGUGUGAUUCUCUGUUGUGUGUGUCUGUAGGGGAGGCGGUGUUGUCGGCCUGUGAGAAAGCGUGCAGCCUCAUCGACAUGCGCGCUCACUCAGGAGGUCACCCGUGUCUGGGCGCCGUGGACCUCAUCCCCCUUUACCCCCUCGGAGAAGACGUGCUGCCCCAGGACUGUGCCAGCGAGGCCAGAGCGGUGGCAGAAGGCCUGACGGAACGAGUCCAAGGCACCAGUGUGUUCCUGUUCGGGUGGGCGGACCUCCCCCUGCAGCGAGGCCUGGCCCAGAGGAGGAAGGACAUGAGCUGGUUCCAGAAGAACCCAGACCUGACCCAGAUCCGACCAGACCUGGGACCAGCUCCAGGGAGGCAGUAUGGACUCACAGGAGUCGGCUCCAGUCCUUACGUCAUGAACUGUAACGUCACCAUCGACUCUCAGGACAUGGUUCUGGGCCGCGGCAUCGCCUCUGCCAUCCGAGAAUCCACCGACGGAGGGAUCCCAGGCGUGCAGGUCCUGGCUCUACCACACGAGGGCGCUGUGGAGAUCGCCUGCAACGUGGAAAGCCUCAAGGGAGACCCACCCAGCCUCGAGUGGCCUGUUUUUGACAUCGGGGGGCAGAGUUAUUGCCACGCUCCAGCCUCUGUCAUCACUCGGCGCGUGUCGGAGUUGGCGGCGGUGAAAGGGGCGGGGACCAAAGGCACGGCGAUUGUGGGGUUUACUCCGCGAGAGUGCAGGGGCCUGGCGGAGCUGGCUCUGUCCCAGGACAUCGGGGAGUUCUGGAGAGAGCAGCGGAGGGUUCGCAUGUGA